GAUUUUAACACCGAGGUAGCAGGACAACCCAACGCACACACACACACACACACACACACAACGAGCACCUGCCACCUCUUUUCCUCUUCAUACAGAGACUUUUUCACUUCCCGGGGCGCUGUAUGUGGAUGGAGUGGUGACAGAGUUUCUGAGGCUGAUUCGCGGGGCUGUGGUCUGAUGAGACGUUGUUUGCCGGCAGGAAAACUUUGGUAACUCGCACUAGCACUGACAGCACUGGCCAGCCUCCGUCAGAUGGACAGAAACACGGCGCGUUCGGUAGUUUCUGACUGUUUUGUGUGUAUUGGUGGGAUUUAUGGAUAGCUUCGUGCGACGCCGCGGAAUGUAACGACCAGCACGAGCGCCUCAGCCGCCGGAGUUACCUGUAGUGAAGUCUCAGAAGGUUAACUCUGCUGUCAUUUCCAUGGAGACGACCCGGGCCCUCCUCCCACUCCUCCUUCUCUUACUGAGUGUGUGCGCGCACAGUUGUCAUGGCAACCUUCGCCCGACCCCCAGAGUGUAUCUGUCUUACAAAGAGCUACUGGAAACGAGGACCAUCCGGCCAUUCAGCUUCUCCUUCAACACCAGUGACUACCGAAUUCUUCACAUGGACCAGGACCAGGGCCGACUUUACCUGGGCAGUUGUGAAUAUAUAGUCUCUCUGGACAUGCAGAACAUCAACAAGGAGCCACUGAUUAUCCACUGGCCUGCUACUGCCCAAAGAAAAGCAGAGUGCAAGAUGGCAGGAAAAGGAGGACAAGGAGAGUGUGCUAACUUUAUCCGUCUGAUCGAGCCAUGGAACAGGACUCAUCUGUACACAUGUGGCACUGGAGCUUACAAGCCCAUCUGCACUUUUGUCAACAGAGGGUGGAGGGCUGAGGAAUACCUCUUUCGACUGGUGCCUGGCUAUAUGGACUCUGGAAAGGGAAAAUGCCCUUAUGAUCCCCGCCAAGAAAAUGCGGCCGCUUUAAUCAAUGGGAACCUGUAUGCUGGAGUGCAUGUAGACUUUAUGGGCACAGACCCAGCCAUAUUCAGGACUCUAGGAGACAGACCUGCUGUCAGGACAGAACAGUAUGAUUCACGGUGGCUUAAUGAGCCAGUGUUUGUAAAAAUUCAGAAAAUCCCUGAUAGUACAGAGAAGAACGACGACAAAUUGUAUUUUUUCUUUCGGGAAAAGAGUUUGGAUGCAGCAGGAGGCAGCACUCCAAGUGUUUUGGCCAGAGUGGGCAGAGUUUGUCUGAAUGAUGAUGGGGGUCAAAGAUCACUGGUAAAUAAGUGGACAACUUUCCUGAAGGCACGCCUAGUCUGUUCUGUGAUUGGAACAGAUGGAGUUGAGACAUAUUUUGAUGAACUAAGGGAUGUCUUCAUUCAGCGAACUAAUGAUGAACGCAAUCCCAUGGUGUAUGCGCUGUUCUCCACUGCUGGGUCUGUGUUUAAGGGUUCAGCAGUGUGCGUGUACUCCAUGUCAGACAUCCGAAAUGUCUUUAAUGGACCCUUUUCUCAUAAACAUGGUCACAAUUACCAGUGGACACCAUACACUGGAAAAAUUCCUUACCCUCGCCCUGGGACGUGCCCUGGAGGAACAUUUACUCCUGGAGUCCACAGCACCAAAGCCUUCUCUGAUGAAGCUGUCAACUUUGUGCGCGCGCACCCUCUUAUGUACCAUCCCAUAUAUCCUACACACAAGCGCCCCCUGGUGGUCCGGACCGGCGUGGACUACCGCUUCACCACUAUUGCAGUGGACAUGGUGGAUGCUGUGGAUGGAAGAUAUGAGGUGCUUUUCUUGGGAACAGAUAGGGGAACAGUCCAAAAAGUGAUUGUACUGCCAAAGGAUAUGAGCACGACAGAAGAACUCAUUCUUGAAGAGGUGGAAAUUUUUAAGACACCAGCACCAGUGAAAACACUGAAAAUUUCCUCUAAAAGGCAACAGCUGUAUGUGUCUUCGGCACGAGGACUUACUCAGGUGUCUUUGCACCGGUGCCCUGCUUACGGUAAAGCCUGCUCAGACUGCUGUCUUGCCAGAGACCCCUACUGCGCCUGGGAUGGUGAGAGCUGCUCUGCUUUCACCCCUGCUACCAAGAGGAGAAGCAGGAGGCAGGAUAUCAAACAUGGCGACCCGUUACGCCAGUGCAGGGGCUUUAACUCUAAAGUAGAGAAGCGCCUUAGGGAGACGGUUCAGUUUGGGGUCGAGGGCAGCAGCGCGUUUCUGGAGUGCCAGCCCAGGUCUCCUCAGGCUACGUUGAAAUGGUUCUAUCAGAAAGAUGGCAAGCGUAAAGCGUUAACUCGUGAAAAAGAUGUUCUGAAGACGGCUCACGGCAUCCUGCUGAAAUCUCUUAGCCAAUCAGAUGCCGGACUCUAUCACUGCCAGGCCACAGAGAACAACUUCAAGCACACGAUGGCCCGUGUGGCCCUGCGUAUUCUCGACCGUGAGAUCGUGGAGGCCCUGACAGCUCCAGACGGCCCCUCAGAUCCCGAACGCCAUCAUCAGCACGACAUGCAACAGCACCCACCUCCUCCUCCACCUCCUCCUCAAACCCUGCCCCCUCCCCCCCAGAUGCACCCACAGCCUGAGGUGACGCUUAUCAACCAAUACUGCCAGUCGUACUGGAAGCAGCCUCACAAGCCCAAGCGCACUAACCGUAGGCAUACAGAGAAACAAGAGCACGAGGAGCUGCAAUUGGAGUGAUGAUGUUGAGGGGAAAUACUCAUAAAGCCUCUUUUUGGUUGUGUUCUGUGCAUUGUGUGAGCAGGCAGAAUCACAAAAAAAAAAAACCUGUUCAUACGCUUAAUGUCAUGUUCAUCCCCUGGGGCCAUGCACAAUAUCAAAAACCAAUAGACUUAUUUUAUAAAUUUGGAAUUUUACACUGCAUGUUGGAUGUUGGGUAAGACGCAUGGUGCUGUACCUUUAGUUCAGUUUUUCUUUGACUUUCUAAAGCUACAUUAUUGAGUGCAGUGCAUUUUAAAAUAAUUUACACCUACAUUGUAUCUACGCACUUUGAUCUGCCUGGAGUAAAAAAAAAAAAAAAAAAGAAAGAAAAAACAUGAUUCACACCAGCAUUAAAUAUAUAAAGAUUAACCAGUUUUGUUUACCAUUGACAAGUUAAAGAAAAAUCAGUGUUCCAUAAACAUUGUAAUUGUGUACAUUUGCUACUUUGCAAUGCUUGUAUUUAAAGUUUGUUGUGUUAAGUCAGAUGAUUGUUAGUCCUCAGUGUGUGGAAAACAGCAGUGGAAAAAAUGCUGUGCAGGACUUCUAUAUGAUUCCACCCUUCUUACGGCACAGCCAUCUGCUGAGUCAUCUAAAAAAGUAGCCUUUGGGUCCUGUACUGGGAUGUAAUUAUGACAUGAAUUAUGCUGACCAUGUUUACGUUAUAAAGACCAAGGGUAAUCAGGAUGUGUAAUAGUAGAUAUGGCAGCGUUCCUUUUCCAACUUUGCUAGUACGUACUCUUGAGCUAGUCUGCAUCAGACAAAUCACAGCUGCAAAUUUUGAGACUCAAGUGUCAUGAUGUGUUUAUUUUUAACAAUGAAUAACAAUCAGUGUUUAUAACCAUUUAUAGCGAAAGCAAAAGUCCUAAGUGGCAUCAUCACCAAAUCAUUUAAGUAAUUAUUACUCCAAAAGAUAACUUCUACUCCAAACUAGGAGACCAUAAGGAAAACUACUAGGAUUUGGAGGUGGUUGUAGGUUCACCAUUUUUCAACAGGAAGGAUGGGAUACAUUUCAGCAAGAUAUGUGUAUGGACCAAAAUCUGCUCCAGCCUCCAGUCAUAUUAAUAAUAAUCAUCAUAAUCAUAAUAAUAAUAGGGAUUUACAAGGAAAUGUAAAAUAAUGUAGAAAAGCUGAUAAUGCUUUAAAAAUAAAGCACUAGCUCACAUACACAAAAAAAGACUAAGAUAUGGUUAAUUUUAUGGCUGCAGUACAUUUUUUUUAUUUGAAUAUGAGCACAUAUUUCUAAGGGCAGAUAACAGUCUGCUAAGAAUUGAUAACAAUUUUUUUUUCUCCUGUGAAACAAUGUUGUAUACCGGGAAAGUAAUGCAGGACAAGCGUGUAAGAGAUGUUGCUUGCAUAAUCAGGUCAUAUUUUGGUGGGAAUUUCUGUAACUUAUUAUUGUUGCAUCUUCCAGAUCAGCGUAUUUGAAUUUUGUUACGAGAAAUAGUAGCUCUUUAACUUUUUGCACCUUUUUGCAUAUCAGUGGUAGAUGUUUUCUGUGGUCAGCUGUGGUCUUGUGCUUGUGUAUAAAGGCAGUCCUUGUGUUUGACUAUGUGUAUGAUUACUACACAUGUACAUAGUGAUAGGUAUUUGAGUGUUGGUCAAGUUUUACUCUAACUCUAAUCUACUUCUCGGUCUCUUUCUCUCUCUCUCUCUCCCCUUUCCUCCACACACACACAACAUAUUUAUUUUGAGAGUGUACAUAAUUAUGGCCGUUGUGCUCUUUGGUGGUGGAAUAUGACUGAGAAAAGCAGAUUUUAUUGUGUGCUCACUAACAGGACCAGAAUAUAUAAGCAAGCAAAUAUGUUUGUAGGAAAAAGGUGCAAGUUUUUUUCCCUGAUAAUUGGUGGUAUAGUCUGUUCUGCAAGCAUGUUUUUCUUUCAGGAUGAUGAAA